AUGGAGGAGACAGUGGAGGUGGACAGGACUUCUGACCCAGGUGUGGAAAGAGGUAUUGAUGGGAGAGAAUGGAGGAAAGGCCAGAAGGAGAUUGCCAGAGAAACAGAAGAGACUUUGAUUUUGAUCUUGUUUGCAAAUGGUUGCAGACACCAGGAAGAAGCCAUAACCAGUAGCCAAGUAUCAGAUGACUGCAAGAGAGUUCCCAUGUAUAUGCCUAGCUAUGUCAGUUGUCAGCAAGGAAACCAGGCUCAGAGAGGGGAGCUGCACAGGGAGCUGAGACAGUUAAGUUACAGUGCCAGAUUUCCAUCUCUAUAUUCCUGGCCCCUAAGUCAUUCCAGUACAUCCAAGCACUACUGUUCCUGUCUCUCUCUCUUCCCUGCUUUGGUUGUACCUGGCCUGAUUGAAUUCAUUCUCUUUUGCGACAGUAAAGAAGUGGUGCAUGCCACAGAGGGGCUGGAUUGGGAAGACAAAGAUGCUCCAGGGACAUGGGUCGGAAACGUGGUGCACUCCAGGAUCAUCAGUCCCUUGCGCCUGUUUGUUAAACAGUCUCCAGUGCCAAAGCCUGGUCCCAUGGUGUAUGCAGACAGCAUAGAAAACUUUUGGGAUUGGCUGGCCAACAUCACGGAGGUUCAGGAGCCCUUGACAAGAACUAAACGGAGGCCAAUAGUAAAAACAGGAAAAUUUAAGAAAAUGUUUGGAUGGGGCGACUUUCAUUCCAACAUUAAAACUGUCAAACUCAACCUCCUCAUCACAGGAAAAAUCGUCGAUCAUGGAAAUGGAACCUUCAGUGUUUAUUUCCGACAUAAUUCAACAGGUCUGGGCAAUGUGUCAGUGAGCUUGGUACCCCCCUCCAAAGUGGUGGAAUUUGAAGUUUCCCCCCAGUCUACCUUGGAGACCAAGGAAUCUAAAUCUUUCAAUUGUCGCAUUGAGUAUGAAAAAACAGAUCGGGCGAAGAAGACUGCCCUGUGCAACUUUGACCCAUCCAAGAUCUGCUACCAGGAGCAAACUCAGAGCCAUGUGUCUUGGUUGUGCUCCAAGCCCUUCAAGGUCAUUUGCAUUUACAUUGCCUUUUACAGUGUUGAUUAUAAACUCGUGCAAAAGGUCUGUCCUGACUACAAUUACCAUAGUGAGACCCCAUACUUAUCUUCUGGCUGA